AUGCACUCUUCCAAUUCUUCAGCCGGCGCAGUCACCCUGAAGCCGAAGCUCAAAAGAGCAAGUAAUGAACAACCGCCACAAGCAAAACGUCGCCGUCGAACGGUAUCAUCUCCGCCACCUGAGAGAGUGUACCAACAUAUAGGCUCGCCACCUAGCACCCCUCGCAAGAACACAAACUCACCACUAGACACUAUUCAGGAUAAACAGUCUCCGGUCAAGCUGCCAACUAGUGCUGAGAGUUGGAAAUGGACUUUCACGAAAGCAUCCGUCGCACCCUGCUUCAUUAGCGAUGUCUUGCGUCUCACAGAUGGAAAACAGAAAGGUGACUACUUUAUGCUUGGCCGUGUGCCUUGCCGUUCCGUCUUCAUCAUCGGCCUUGUGCUUGGGGCCACAGCGUAUGAGAAGCGAACUCUUUACAUCGUGGACGAUGGCACAGGCAUCAUUAACUGCAUAAUACAAAAUCCCGAACAACCACCGCAAUCGCCAAAGAAGGACGGAUAUCGGACGAAACGCAAGCGCACGUCAUCGGAAGGCCAAGGCCAGAGUCGUUCUCCUGGGCCUGACGAUGAAUUCACAAUGCCUUACUCAAAGGCAGGGGACGCCAAUGCGGAAAAUGCUGAAUUGGAGAGGGGAUAUGUGGCACGUAUCACGGGCAUAGUGCGUUCGUGGAAAGGGUCGAAGGAAAUUCACAUCGAUGAAAUGGAAAGAUGCACAUCUGUCAACGACGAACUCGAACAUUGGCAAAGGGUCCUUACACUGCACCAAGAGCAUUACGACCUCACCGAACCUUUCAUAAUACCGCCGCCGCCAAUACCAGCAGCGCCAGCACGAGUUGCUCUUUCUCCGACGAAGUCGAACCAUCAACGUCAGGUCUCAUCAGCAUUGCCAGCAGUGUCCACACCGAAGAAACGACCGCCCGAGAACGUCGAUCCAUCGCCAUCGGGUCAUUCUAUCACAUACUUGACUCCAACUAAAUCAGUAAUAUCUUCGCCCUCAAGGUCGCAUGCGGGUUCUGCGUCUCCCAUUCGCCUUCGUAAUCCCUCUCGUCUCAGGACCCGCGAACUGACCGUCAAUACAUUCCGCAUCUACGUGAAGCACUAUAUGGAUAAUACGCUUCCUCCAACCCCCGUCACCGCUUCUGAGGCCGACGGGGAUGGAGAUUCUGAUACCUCUGACGCGGACUCUGUCUGUAUUUCUCUGGGUCUGGGGGGCGGUGGGCGUGAUGACUCUACGACGCGAACUCAAAGGGAACGUCGUCCCAGUGGGUCGCGGGAUAUAGAGAGUACACCGAGGGCGAAGGCCUACGAUCCAAAUUGGACGCCAAGAGCAGCUCACUGCGAUCGCGACGACGAGGAUGAGGGCUUGCAAGCACCGCACGUUCUCGGAUUUACGCUAUCCUACCUCCGUAGAGUCCCCGAACUGGCAGAGCUUGCUCGCCGAGUCGUCAAAGCCGAAGCACGAAGACGAGAGAAGGAAGCCCAUCUCGCAUCCCAGGAGAAGUCAACCGGGACUGCCAAUCUGCGGUCCUCGCAUCGUAGUGACAAGGGCAAGGCAACGGCCUAUGAUAGCUCGUCGUCAAAGCAUGGCAAAGAGGGUUUGCGUCCCAAGAUGAAACGGCUCUUUGUCGUCGCGAUUCGUAAACUCUUCGAAGAAGGGAGCAUCGUUCUUUGGGACGGGCCCGUCUGGCCCGUCAUCCCUGUUUCUCCUUCGACAAGUCCAUGUCGCAACUAUGACCGCGACGGACUCGCUGCGCUGUCAGGGAAAGCUGGCACCUCGACAGAAGACGCAUCGGUAUCGACGAAUGUUUCGUUGUCGACCAUGUAUUCCACCCGCAACGGCGAUGGUAUUGGCGGCGAAAGGCGAGACGAGGGCGAUUUAUCAGAUCCUCAAGGGGAUGAAGAGUCGUAUAUCCCGCUGACACCAUCGUAUCUCGGUAUGCAAGUCUUGUCCAUCAUUCGGGCAAUGACUUUCUCGGCGUCCACCGCUUCCACUACCUCGAGGCAUCGUCACAAUGCAGGCAAGAAGGAAGUUCGAGAUGCCCGUUCCCGUGGACCCACGAAAGAGGAGAUAACGAAGUACUUGAACAGGAUGAACAGCCGAUGGGAGAGAGUGGGAGCUUGGUCUGUUCAAGAGGCUUUGGAGUGGUUGCAGCAUGAAGGGCGUGUGCAGAUCAUGCGUGAUAUGGAACGGGAAGGGAAUGAUGCUGGUCGUGUCAGGUGGGGUCUAUGCUCCUAGGUGAUGACCACGACGGCGAAGGCACUGCACGGGAGCGGGAAAUUGUAGCACGUUAUUGGCCUGGCGCGGCACUUAGUGGACACCGUAACGGG